CAUCUGUUUGUUAUUGUUUACAGCCGAUUCGAUUCGCUUCUUUUGUUUUUUUGGUUGGGGGAAAAAAACGCGCAACGUGGACGUGGACCAUAGAAUAGAAUAGAGCAGUGCAGAGCAUAGCGAGCACCUGCUGCCCCCGAAAACACCUGUGCCCCGCCCCCUGCCCUGCCUCCGCCCACCUGCGCGCCAUCAAGUGUUAUUCAUUUCGUUUCAAUUCAUUUUACUUCUUAAGAGGGUUUUUUCAAGACGCAACAGCAUCUGAUCUCGAUCUGGUGAUCUGGCAAAUCGAGAGUACACACAUAUAUAGUAAAGCACUUAAGCCCGGCGAUCGAUGAGCGAGGCGAAGAUGAACGGACGCUCCAUACGCAUAAACCGGCUGCCGGCCACCAUUGUGGCCAUCCUGCUGACCAUCGUCCUGGUCUACUUCCUCAACUUCCACCAGGAGGAGCGGCCGGCCAUAUACGGCAUGCUGCGUAGCGAGAACCCCAACCGGGUGAACCUGCGCAAGAUGCUGAUCGCGGCCAUCCAGGCGGCCCAGCGCGGCGGUAUCGAGGUCCUCGACGUGGUCCGCAGUCGCCAGCUGAAGGAGCGCAGCAAGGGCAAGACGGACGAGGGCGUCAAUGAUCCCUUCACGGACGCCGACGGCCGAUCGCACUGCGUGAUGAAGCAGGGCCUGCAGCGCAUCUUCCCGCUCGUCCAGAUCUUCUCCGAGGAGGACAAGGAGCACUGCAGGCAGGCGCACAGCUACGACCUGGAUCCCACGGUCCUCCACGAGACCGCCCAGGUCCCGAAUGUGGCCGUGAAUGCCCGCGAUGUCACCGUCUGGGUGGAUCCGCUGGAUGCCACCAAGGAGUUUACGGAGGAGCUGUACGAGUACGUGACGACCAUGGUGUGCGUGGCGGUGGCCGGAAGACCCAUCAUCGGCGUGAUCCACAGCCCGUUCAAUGGCCAGACGGCCUGGGCGUGGGUGGGCAACUCAAUGUCCGAGUACCUGGCCACUCUGCAUCCGCAGCAUGCGCCGGACAGCCAGGCGCCCAUCAUCACAGUGUCGCGGUCCCACACGGCGGGAGCCAAGGAUCUGGCGCGGAACAUCUUUGGCGAGGAUGUCAGCCUGCUGACGGCAGCGGGCGCCGGCUACAAGGUGCUCCAGGUGGUGGCCAACAAUGCCACCGCCUAUCUGCACACCUCCAAGAUCAAGAAGUGGGACAUUUGCGCCGGCGAUGCCAUUCUGCAUGCCCUGGGCGGCACAAUGACCACGCUGAACGACCAAUUGAUCAACUAUGGACCCGAGGAGUCGCCAGUCAAUACGGAGGGUCUGCUGGCCACUCUGGAGCGGCAUGACGAGUAUAUGGACAAGCUGUCCAAGUAUCGGGAGGCGCACAAUGGCAAGCUGGCGUAGGGGUUACUCCCCUACUCCCUACUCCCUUUUCCCCCAUUUACUGAUCGCUUGGGCAGCAUUCAAAAAUAGCUAUAAGUUCUAAAGAUGGAAACCUGUUUUUUUUUCGUAAUCUCAAUAUCUGUUCGUGUGUGCUGCUUAUUUGUUGUUGUGCAACGGCUCGGCGGGGUCAUGAACCCGGACCGGACCGGACGAAACCAAACCGCCCAGUUGGCUCAAAAAAUAAACUUAUUUUAAUUUGUA